CUCUGCAGGGCACUAACGUGUAGUUGAGAUUAGUAUUAUUCUACAUUUUUGUGCAGUUUUAGACAGGAUUUUGCACUUUCGUGCUAAAUCUGCGCUCCUGCAUAUUGAGGAAGUUUCUUAAUAGACGGUUAGUUGUUCCUGAACAAAGUUAGCUUGAGGAACCUGCUUGUGUAACCUCUGUUGGAGCAAAACAUACCUUUUCUAGAAGUUCUUCAGAAACCUUGAAGUCACCUUGUUAACCUGCUUCGCUGUUUUCAACAAUGAGUUGCAUGAAGGAAGAAACUCGAAGUGCCUCCCCUCACUGCCCCAAACCUGAUGAAUCUGAGGAGCCACGGGGCACAGCCAUGGAGACUGGGGCUGCCAAUGAUGUGAGUGCAAAAUCUGAGAAUAUGGCGUCUGAAGUGGUCAUCACUAAGGAAAUGGAGGAAGAAGAGAAGCAGCUAAUGGAGGAAGGGGAGAGGAAAGAGAAGGAAAUGAUGGAAAAGGCCCGGGAGUCGUGGGAGAGGGACUCCCAUGACAUGCGCUUCAAGAGACUGCAGCAUUUGCUUCAGAAGAGCAACAUCUACUCUAAAUUCCUGCUGACGAAAAUGGAGCAGCAACAGAAUGAGGAAAAGCUAAGGAAGGAGAAACUGGAAAAGAAGAAGAAGAUCCAAACCACCACCAGUGCAGAGCCUGAGAAAGACAAAAAGAAGAGGAAGAGGGAUGAAGACUACAAAAUAGCAGAUGUAAUGUCAAAAGAGGAAAUCAUGUCACAAGCUAAGAAGACUAAAGUGGAGGAAGUGGAUGCGGGAUCGGCCCAGAAGAAACUGGAGGCUGAAGAUAUUGAAAAGAUGAGUGAUUCCAACCAAGACAUCAAGAACCGAUUGUCGGAGACGGUGCGAGACAAUGCCAAGCAUCUCCUGCACCCUCACAGGAAGGUGAACGGACUGCCAGUCCCAGUCCAACAGCCACAGCUCUUCACCGGAGGAGUUAUGAGGUGGUACCAGAUUGAAGGCAUCGAGUGGCUGAGGAUGCUGUGGGAGAAUGGCAUCAAUGGGAUCCUGGCUGAUGAGAUGGGACUGGGAAAGACCAUCCAGUGCAUUGCUCACAUUGCCAUGAUGAUAGAAAAAAAAGUGAUGGGCCCCUUCCUGGUGGUGGCCCCACUCUCCACUCUGCCCAACUGGGUCAACGAAUUCAAGCGCUUUGCCCCUGAGGUGUCUGUGCUGCUUUACCAUGGCCCUAAGCCAGAGAGGGCGAAGCUGCUUAAGCAGAUCCGCAGGCCUUUGGGGCCCCUCAGCAUGUGUCCUGUGGUCAUCACCUCCUUUGAGAUCUCCAUGAUUGACAGAAAAUUGCUCCAGCACUUCCAGUGGAAGUACCUAAUAGUGGAUGAAGGCCACAGGAUCAAAAACCUCAACUGUCGGCUGGUACGGGAGCUGAAGAUGCUGCCCACUGACAACAAGUUGCUGCUGACGGGCACACCACUGCAAAACAACCUGGCUGAGCUCUGGUCCCUCCUCAACUUUCUUCUGCCAGAGGUCUUUGAUGACCUCAAGAGCUUUGAAUCAUGGUUUGAUAUCAACUCCCUUGGCGAGGCUGAGAGUGUGGUGGUUGCUGAACGUGAGCAGAACAUCCUGAGCAUGUUGCACCAGAUUCUGACUCCAUUCCUGCUGAGGAGGCUGAAGUCAGAUGUCACGCUGGAGGUUCCACCUAAGAAGGAGAUUGUAGUUUAUGCUCCUCUGACUGCCAAACAGGAGGCCUUUUACACUGCUGUUGUCAACAAGACUAUCACGAAGAUGCUGGGUCAGGAAAAGACCGAGGCUCCUGUGGUAUUAACAUCAAGCGGAAGACCAAAGCGUCGUACUCGAAAAGUAGUAGACUACAAAGAAACGGAUGCAGACACACCAUACAACCUGGAGAAAUAUCUGGAGAGGGUUCGCAAGGAGCUCGAUCAGAGCUCUCAUCCAGUCCUGGAUGUCCAGAGCCCGCUGGAUGCUCAGAUCAACCUGAAGCUGCAGAACAUUCUCAUGUUGCUAAAGAGAUGCUGUAACCACCCUUACCUGGUGGAGUACCCCCUUGACCCCACCACACAGGAGUUCAAGAUUGAUGAGCAGCUGGUGCAGAGCUCUGGAAAGUUUCUCAUCCUGGACAGGCUGCUGCCAGCACUGAAGGAAAGGGGACAUAAGGUACUGAUCUUCAGUCAGAUGACGUCCAUCUUGGAUAUGCUGAUGGAUUACUGCUAUCUGCGGGGAUUUCAGUACAGUCGACUGGAUGGCAGCAUGUCCUACGCUGACAGAGAUGAAAAUAUGACCAGGUUUUCCAAAGAUCCAGAGGUGUUUAUCUUCCUGCUGAGCACCAGAGCAGGUGGACUUGGGAUCAACCUGACAGCUGCUGACACCGUUAUCAUCUUUGACAGUGACUGGAACCCCCAGGCAGACCUACAGGCUCAGGACCGCUGCCACCGCAUCGGGCAAACUAAACCAGUGGUGGUGUACCGCCUGGUCACAGCCAACACCAUCGACCAGAAGAUCCUGGAGAGGGCUUCUGCCAAGAGGAAACUGGAGCAGAUGGUCAUCCACAAGAAUAAGUUCAAAGGUGGGAAAGCAGAGCUGAACCAAAGCAAAAGUUGCAUUGAUCUGGAUGAACUGAGGGAGCUGCUUAAAGCCGGAGGCACUGAGAAGGAAGUGAAAGCUUCAAAGGGGAAGGUGAUCAGUAACAAUGACCUGGAGAUUUUGCUGGAUCGCAGUGACUUGCUGGACAAAGAAAAGGGGAGCAAGAAGAAAGAGAAGGUGGGAGUCUUCAGAGUGGUGGAUGCCAAAGAGCUGACAGAAAUCACGCUGGCCUGAGAAUACUUGGAACAAUGCAAAAAACUAAACUUCCAUCCAGAUGGUUUAUAAUAGCUGUCACUUUCAGAGAACACUUUAAACUGCUGUUUGUAGCUUUGAAUCUGUCUUUCCCAUUCUUAACUGCCUUGAUAGUAUUCUGUGUAAUUGUUUUUUGCUGUUUUGUUGCUAACGUGGUCUAUAGUGUUUAACCCCUGUGCCCUUUUUUUUUUUUUAAGACUGAACUGACUUUGGGGUUUUUGAACACUUAAUUUUAUGGCAAAAGUUAGAAAAACACAAUAGUUCAGAGAGCCUUGAUGCUCCCAGCAGUGGCAUUAAAACUAUCACAUCACUGGUCUGAUUCGUUUACUUUCAGAGGACCAGUUACAUACUGUUCAAUAUGUUUAAGAGAAAAGCCUUUUGCAUGUCAGUGAAAGUGUCCUGUCCUUUAACAUGCACAGCAUGGAUCACUGAAACAAGUGGAAGCUGCAGUGAUGGGAUUAAGUCGGGUUAGUACGCUUCAUUUUUUCUAGUUUGUUCAUUUAAAGCAGAUGAAUCUGUAUUAUCUUUGCCAAGCUGUCCUCAAGGCACAUUUGUGCAUCUGAAGCAUAGUUCUGUCUUUAUAUAAAUAAAGCAAUUUCGCACAUCUCUUGUUUUUCAA